AUCUUUUAAUUAUAAUUUUUAUUUUUAUUUUUAUUUUUUUUUAAUGUAUUUAUUUUUCUAACUUUUAAUACAAGGGUUUUUCGACCACGGAGCACAACAUUAGAAGAGUCAUUUGAACACGUUUGUUACAUUUACAGGAAACAUUUAAGCCCAAAAAUAGAUUAUUUUUGCACCCAGUCCAAAUAAGGCAGUACCUUUGUCAUUCCGCGCCCACAACAGUGGAAGCUAAGUAUGUUAGCCGCUUGGCUAACAGACGUAACUAGCAGACGAGGCUAGCAGAGCUCUGGGCGGACAGGUGAGUUGACCGCCGCUGCCACGAAGCGAAAAGAGGAACUCGUAUAAAUACCACAGUGUUUCUAUGUCUAAUAUCAGUGAAAAUGCUGGUAAAAGUGAGACUGGGUGAUGUCCAAAAAGUUGUUAGAAUAACGGAACCAAAUUUGUCGGACUUUUUGAAUGCAGCAUUUUCCAAAUUCGGUGUCCCAGCUAUAACAGAAGGUGUCAAAGUUGUUGACAGUUCAGGGACUGAGAUAGACGAUGAUGUUUUUGAGGAAAUUGUGAAGGAUCCAUCCACUGGGGUACUAACCAUCAAAUACGAAACAGAAUCUGUCUCCAUGGUAACCUCUCCAAAGUCCCAAUCAUCCGUUUGUUCAUCGGACUCAGACACAAUCAUCCUUGAAGACACUCCUACCAGAAAGCGUCAGAGGCUGGACUUUGAAGCUAUGCAACUGGUGAAAUCCAUUCUUACCAAGAAAUCGGGUGGAGAAUAUUUAAUAAAUGAAUACAACCGAACUAAGUCCUUGACAGAUGAGAGCAGAAGAAAAUUGGUGAAUAUACUGGCAGCUGAGAUGGCGGAGAAGAAUGGACAGGUGAAGGAAAUGUAUGCACAAGGAAUUGUGAACUUGUUCCCCAACCUCAAAGACCCAUUUUUCAAGAAUGGCUAUGAACAUUUUUAUGAUAGCAACAGUGGUACUGGGUACUUGUCCUGGAGAAUUAAAACUAUUCAGAGAUGCAGUGCUAAAGAAAGGCGAUCAUCAUUUGGAGCUUUGGCGGAAGGACCAUCUGAUGAAGACAAGUCGGGAGGACCAACUGUUGGACGAGUUACCCAAUUCAUUCCAGAGAUUGUCCUGUCUGGAGAUGAGUGCAAGGAAGCGAUGUCACUGAUGAAACAUUCGGCUGAUGUGGACAUGGUCAUCAAAGAGAUGAAACUGACAUUUGCUCAUCGGCAUAACAUGGUCCUGGACCCACAGCAGUCAAGCAACAUUCUAUCUUAUUUUCCUCGUUUUAAAGACAUCAAAGGCUUGGUUGAACAGGAUUUUGUUCUAUUGUUUGGAGAGGAUGUAUCGGGCAAGUUUCUGGAGAAGUAGCCAAUCACAUUCAAAAAGAAGAUCAUCCAACAAUGCAGAAAGCUUCCCUCCAUCACUGAGCUUGAGAAACUCCUGAUGGCAGCUGACCCUCCUGAGGAUGGGGCUGAAGUGAACGUUGACUUUGGUUGGGACAAUGACCUCUCAUCGAUUUUGCUGCUCUUACACUUGAUCCCACCGACUGCUCUAGGUCGGAAGAGGCCAGGAAAAGUUUCUGCAUCCCGGGAUGAGAAGCAUCUUGUGGUCUUCAAGAAGACUGGAACAAGCAUCCAAGAACAUCUUGACACCAUUACUACCAGCACUCAACCCUAUCUCCUGGCUGUUGGAGUUCAUAAUUCUCGACAAGAAUGCCAUACCUUGCAGGUCACACUCCUCUCUUGGUGCUUUUGAUGAACUGUUUAAAGCACACUUUGUGUUUGCAACAUCAUACCACACCAUGCUCCACAACAUGUACACGAUCAUCCAGACUACUUUGUACAACAUUGAUGUUGGGAAGGUCAAAGAGAGUCCUUGUGUUGCUGA